UCACGAAUUCCUUCGGAUUUUUCUCUUUUCGGCGAAGAAAUUCCGCAAAUCCCGAUGCUGCAUCGCUUGGUGAAGUGAAUCCCGCGUCCGAUCGAUCGCCUCAUGCAUGUGGGCCAAGUGCAAGUCCGGUGAAGAGUAGAGAAAGUUGGUCGGAAGGAGCAGCGAGCUGCCUGCCCUUUCCGCGCACCACCCCUCCCGCGCGUACCAUGACGACAGCAGCACCGUCGACCCUCUUCCGAUCAGCGCAUUUUUAUUAUGCAUCUUCGACGCUGCUGCUCCUGCUCCUGGCCAUCGGACCGAUGGUUGGUCCGGGCUGUGAGGCAGCAUUCGCGUCCAACACCAUUUUUGUAAAUAACAUAGUUCCCUUAAUAAGCAACAUUAGUGUAAGCGUGCCACCGAAUGGCGAUAACCACGACCCGCUGCGGAAGCAGCAGCAACAGCAGGAGCCAAAAGUGCCUUCCGUGGCGAUAUCAUCGCCUUCAGCAUCAACGACGACGCCGUCGACGACGGCUGAAAAGUCUUCGACGACCUCAAACUACACUCCGAUUGACCGGGUGGCCGCUGUUACAAACGGUGACUACGGAAUCCACGAGCUGACAAGAUUGCUGGAAAACACGUUCGAACAUAUCCGGAACGAUGAGCUCGAUGUUUCGGGUGUACAGAAACUGUACGACAACAUGGAGAUCACCACUACGGAUCGAGACGAUACCGAACUGGUCGAGAGAAUGGCAAACAAGCUGUCGCGUAAGCUUGAGCAAACGGUUUCGGCGAUCGAAGAGCUGCGCCGAUUCAUCCAGCAAAGUGCGGCCAAACACGGUGCCAAGUACAGCACACUGCUUAACCCGUGCCCGUACAGUGAACUCAUGAAUCCCUGGGAAGACGAAGCCCCGUUCGAUCUGCAGAGCUUCAUCCAAAGCACCAAAGUGUCGAAUGCCACCACGCUCGCCAAACAGCUGAUCGGGGGAGAUUCUUUGCACGGCAGUGGAGUGACAAACGCCGCCACCCAAUCCACGAACACGCACGGUGCGGCCGCCGCGGCCGGUGCAGCGUUCCUAGAUUUCAGUGCCUUUCCAGCGAACGCCGACGGUUCCGAUCGACCCCGGAUACGGGUUACCGAUCAAACGCUUGACGAUAACAACGUCUACCUGCAGCAUCUGUUUAACGAGCAGAGUGCCAAGCUGGAGGACGCUAACGUGCACUAUCGGCAGCAGUUUUUCCUCUCGACGUUUGACCACGCCAGUGCGUACAAAUGCCAUUACUAUCCGCGCGAUGGUCGCCUUAAAGCGUUGCUGCUGUCAGCGGUGCGCAACAAGCACGUCUACAUUCUGCUCGACAUCGGUAGCAAGAUCACGUUCGAUCAGCUCGAGGUAGCGAAGGCAAUCAGCAAGUUUGUGUUGCACCUGCUCAACGAGCACGAUCGUGUGGCGGUCGUUGCGGUCGGCCAGCGAACGUACACACCGCUGGAUGAUCCGCAACAGCAACCGGGAGCAGCAGGCGGCGCCGCAUCGCCCGACUGCCUAUCUGCGCGGCGGUUCGUGCGUGCAACGAUGGAUGAGAAGGAACGGUUGGUGGACUUUAUCGAUUCGCUGAAUCGGACCAAAGGUGCUACGAACCAUUCGGUUGGAUUCCGCCAUGCAUUCGAUUCGUUUGCCGAACUAUACGAAUCGCACGACGAUGAGCUACCGAUCGUGUUUCUGUAUCUUGGCCGUGCACUGCUACCGAGCGGUUCGCCCGCGGCAACUAACAUCCUGCAGACGAUCUACGAUGGACAAAGGCAGCUACCGUACCCGGUGAUCAUCAACAGCUGUCUAAUUCUGCUGGAUGAGCGAGAGGUCCAGCAUGAGAAGCAGCUGAUUGCCGAUAUCAGCACACAAAACUAUGCCCGUUACAACCUUUCCAACGUCAUCUAUCUUCCCGGCAAGAUGGUGAUGAUCGCGAAACAUUCCUUUGACGCUCAGCGGUUCAUCGUGGCGUUGAUGGAACCGUUUCUCAACGCCGGUCGCUUCAUCGAGGAACGGUUACGGGCCCACCUACCGUACGUGGAUCCGUCGGUGCAGGAAACGCUCGUAACACUCAGCUAUCCGGUUGGUGUGCACGGGCUGGUCGGUGUUGACCUCUAUCUAAGCGAUCUCGCCGAGCAUGUGGCGUACUUCCGGCGUCGGCAGCAACCGAGGGACGAUUCGUACGCCUUUCUGAUCGAUCUGGAAGGUAAUGCGAUUAUGCACCCGUCGUUUCCACGCCCAGUCGCAGCGCGAUCGCAACCGUUCUACGUUACGAACAUCACGCGGCUCGAGGGAGAUCACUUUACCCCGGCCUACAAGCGUAUGCUGGCUGAUCCGGAGGGUAAUUUGCGGAUCAACCAUUACGGUACCAACCGAACGACGGUGUACUACUGGAAGCGGGCGCUCUACUACAUCGUUUGCCUUGUGCGAACGUUGGACGCUGGCGAGGAGGGCACGGUAUCCAUCACACGCAGGCUGUUCGAGACGGGGCCGCAAGUUCGCUACCUUCAUCAGAUCCCGACCUCGGGAACCGGAGUGUUACGGAGCAACGUGGAGUACAAUUUGAUUGCUGCCGGAAGUGCGGCCACCACCAAGUCGCUACUGACGGCUUUGCUUUACCAUCGGAUCGACAUUUUCCCUCCACAUCAUCAGCAGACGGCCAGCAGCAACGGUGGUGGAGGGUUCUCCAUCUGUCGCUUGGUCAAACAGCUCGCCCUCCCGGACACGAGUUCCCUCUUUCUCAGCGCUUCCUCCUUCCGGUCACCCUUUGCGCACAUUCGCAACAACCGUGAAGGGCUUACGAGUGAAGAGGAUAACGUGCGAACGAUACAAAACAUUAUGGCCUAUCUGCACGAUGCGUACGGAAAGCAACUGUUUGCCAAUCCGGGCCUGCAGCCCGACGUGCGGAGCGAUGUCCUGGCACUGGUACAGAUCCUGUACGAUUACCGGGUUCGGCAUAGCCACAGCAACCUCAGCCGUUACGUCGUUCGCCGUUAUGCCGCUACCGUUAACGGAGUGUUGGAAACGUACCCCGGUGGUCUGUUGGAUAGUGAGCUGGAGCCAACGAAACGACCGUGGUUCGUCAAAGCAAUGGAAUAUCCGGGCCGUCUGGUGGUCACGCGGCCGUACCUCGAUGCGGGAGGUGCUGGUUACGUGGUGAGCGUGGCUUAUGCCAUCUACGAAGGCAGCAGCACGGCGUCCAAACCGCCGCAAGACGAUCGUAGUGCGAUCGCAGUGGUUGCGAUGGACUUUACUCAGGGAUUUUUCUACAAGCUGCUGCUCGAUUCGACCACCGUCUGCUCGGUACAGCACAUCAAAUGCUUCCUGAUGGACGAUCGGGGCUACCUUGUGGCGCAUCCGAUGCUAACGGAACCGACACUCCGCUCCGAUGCCGUACGGAGGUCCGCGAUCGAGCACAUUACGCACAAAGAGUCGCAGGUGGCGAACGACAUUCUGAACCACAAGCAGCUCGUCACGAAGAAGAUGUGCUACAACUACGUCAAUCGGACGGUGCAACGGUUCUAUCAGUUCAACAUGAGCUUGGCAGCGGGCGAGAUCGUUACGAAUUUGAUGUACGGUGAAAAGACCAAGUACCAGAUUACGCUCAUACCGGGAACGAAUCUUUUCCUUGGUGUAGUCAACUCCACCAACGACGGUGGUGCUUUCUGUCCCUGUAGCACGGUUGGUAACUCAUGCCUCAACUGUAAUCGAAUGGAGCAAACGGAGUGUGAAUGCCCUUGCGAGUGUCCGCUCGAUUAUCCGACGCCAGAUGGAGCGGAUGGUGCCUGUGGUGGUGGUGGUGGUGGCAGUCUUGGACGUUCUAAAAGACCGAAAACGGGAAAUGGAAACAGUUUCCCCAUACCACUCUGUUCACCACUGCCCGAGGAGUUACUCUCGAUGAAUGCGAUCAACUACGAGCCGGAUUAUGAGGUCAAGAGUUGUAGUAGCAUCAGUUGUGAAGAUUAUACUACGCAGAACGAUUGUUUAGGUCUUGUCGGUUGCGAAUGGUGCCAGGUGGAUGUGGAUGGUGAGAGUACGCUCAAUACCCCGUUCUGCACGUCGCAGCUUGCCUGCUUUAACGGUGUACUCGGAUCGUCCACACCGUACGGUGAUGCGGCGUACACGAGCAACAACAUGGAAUCGAUCCUUCCACCGGCGUACAGCUCGAUAGGGCCCGUGGCCGGUGCCAUUCUGGCGCUCUGCCUUGUGGUAGGGUUCGCGAUGUACUGCUUCCGGCAAAAUGCCGACCAAAGUGGUGCUUCCGAGCAGCUGUACGACGAUCUGGUGGCUGACCAUUGCCAUGGGCUUCCCCUGUCUCGGUUCGAUCUGGACGAUGGCAGCCCUUCCGAUGAUUGUGAUGUUGGCCGUACGAACGCCAAGCAAAACCUGCUGCUCAACGGCCAGCACAAUGCGAACUACAUGAUCAUCCCGAACGUGGCCUCACCGUACCAGAUGUCUUCGGACUACCGGCGACCACCGAAUGGGGCCGGUGGUGGUAGCUCCUCGGAUCACGGGUACUCCACCAUGACGCACCACGAAGAGUCGGAACAUUUGUGUCUAACCGGUGGUGGUUCCGGGGCAGAUCCGCAGGGUAUUCCCGGUGCACCGAAUGGUAGUGGCGGUGCCAAACGGCACUCGAUGUCCGACAGUGCCUCGAUCAGCACCUCCGUCUCAAGCCCGUACAGUAACCAUACGGGCGGGGCCGGUAGCUCCUUCCUGUCCAAACCCCCGGUCGUUGGGUUCGAAACGACGAGAGGCUUCACAGGGAAUGGGUUUCCACCAGUCGCCGGUGAUACGAUGAUUGCCGGCCAAACGACCCUACUACCGUCACCGACGUCCAUCUCGCGGACCGGAGUGUACGGUGGAACGAUGCUUCCGUCCGGGGCCAAUUCAACUCCCACCAAUGCCAAUACCCCCAGUGGCCAUCACAUUCUCGUCCCCGUGACCGUCCACCGUAAUAUGGAAGUAUCUUAGUGCGUACGGAGUAAAGGCCAUUGUAUGGUUUUAAAUACAAUCGCUCUGCUCAAACCCGGUACUCCUGCUCCUCCGUCCUGUGUUCAGGACGGGACGGAUGUGGUCUCUGUCUUUUGGAGGCUUUCCCACGGGAACGGCGUUCGCGUACGCCAUUCGCGAGAAAGAGAUUUGCUUUGCUGGCCGUCGUAAUCGCCCAGCACCAAGGAUAUAGUCUCUAAGUAUCAGUAAAACGCUUGCCUUUAGCUUGUAAGUUUAUGCUUAGUGCUUAGUGUGGUCUGCAUUAAGACGUCCCAGCCCCUCCUCAGUGGCAGCAUUUCUUGUCUACAAAUCCAGAAACUCGCAUUAACCAGAACGGAACAAGAGUGAGAUCAGAGAGAGAGAGAGAGAAUGAUCGCGUUCUGUAACCUAGCAACGAUUCACGCUUCCAAUCCGCAGCAUUUGCGGAAAAUGUAUUAACGUUACUUUUAUUCAAUAACUCGUACCUUCCCCACUCAGUCCCAGCAUCACACAACAGACACACAAUGCGCGUGUACUUCUCGCGGCCAACAGUUGCAGUAAAUGUGCUUCCCCAGAUGAUUUUUAUAUAUAUAUACGUUUAGCUUAAGAUAAUCAAGGAUUUGCUUCCAAUUUUCCUUCCCAUUGUACCAGCGCCCGCAGAAACGGCGCGCAUUGCCAGAAGGAACCUAUUAACUUUUGUAUCGAUGUUGUUGGUGGACACAAACGAAUCACAUUACCUCUCUAGGUAGCGCCAGAGACUUGCCCAAUUUCUUUUGGGCUAACGUGCGGAAUAGCAAAGGAUUUUUUGUAAAAUGUAUCUAGUAAUAAGAAUCGUAUUUCAACGGGGCAGCUGCAUGUGUGGCGCGUUGGAGACGGCAACGGCUUUUACACGAAACAACGAAUAAAUUUAUUUAAAAGAU